GGUUGCUAGGUUGUUAUGGUUUUACCUCACAUUUCCCCCCUUUCCAUAGAAACCAUCGAACAAACAUAUUUGGCCCGCAAAAUAUAUGUCGUAUCGUUUAAAUCACACAAGAAUUGAUUAGCCUCGUAAAUAUGUCUAGAGAAAAUAGAUAUAGUUCCACUAUACGGUCCGCACCUGCAUCGCGGGGCAGUAUUCAAGUGUUCAGCAAACGUGCGAACCCAGCGCGCCUAGGUAAUCUCCAAAUCGCGCCAAUGCGGCAGGAGGUGAAGCCGAAGGUUUUUCAGAAGAGCCAGAGUGUAAGUAGUGGUCUAAGCGAACCACCUGAACUGGUUGAACGUGACGGGUUGCAAGGUAAAUCCUAUUGGAAUGCCGUUAUCGAUGAUGUCGAGUUUGCCGCCUCGUGCCAAACCCAGCCGCGUAUUCCCGUCGUGGACUAUUCGCUGGUACUGCCGCCUCGUCUGCAGGAGCGUGUGAAACGUAUACAAGACUAUGAUUACUCUAAAUCUGAUGAUGACAUCUAUAUAAGGGAUGAUAUGCGAGAAGAGAGACCAGAGGAUUACCUGAGUCAAAGCUCACAGGACAGUGAGGAGGAGAAGGAUGUCCUUCUUUUUGAUCUGGCCCGUAAUAAAGUCGAGGAACAUUUUAACGAAAGCGACCACUCGGAUAUUGUCCGCAUGGAACAUGAGUUCGAGAAAUUCGAUCUCAAGCUGGAUGAACCUGUUGGCCACACACACCGUACUGUGGACAGAACUAGUUGGUAUGCCAAAUUUCUAUGCGCCUCCAGAGACAAACGAGUCUGCUGGCAAUCAAAAGUGGAGCAAGGUGAACGAAAUCAUGCCUCGCAUACCCUGGACGAGCAGGCAGAGGAUCUAAUGGAUGCUUCAGCGGAACGUUUUGUGGAGUGGCUAAAUUCCAUAGGGACUGUGGAAAGCGAUCUAACCCCUCAUAAAGUUAAAAACCUCUUCUCUAUUAAGGGAGAUCGCACACUUUUGGCAUCGGUUAAAACGGAUCCCAAGGAAGUAAAUGCCAUUGCCCAAACAGUGGCCGAUAAGUGGAACAAACCGCAUAUGGCCAUUGAGUUGAAAUACGAAAAGCAUAUCAAUGAUCAUGCCUCUCGUCCCGCGACCAAGCCCAUUAUCAGUGCUUUUGGACGCACCGUGCCGUUAAAAGAGAGACCCUGGGUGAAGCGAUCAAGUGACACUAUGAUUAAAACAGUUUAUCCCGAAGAACUGCUCACACGGGAGAAAAUCUUUAAGGGCAUCACACAUCUGCGUAGCACAACAGCAUUGAUUGAUUUCUAUGUGGCCAAUCCAAGAUUGGAGAGACCACAAUAUUUGCUCCGAGGUGGCGACUUUGAACAGUCCAGUGCUAGUGAAUCGGCAACGGAAGUGCCACUCUAUGAACUAUUGGGACUUCGCUAUUAGAAAUUUUUGUUUAGGUUUAAAAUUAAAAAAAUUAAAUUGUUUUAAGUGAAAUGUAUUUAGAUAAGUGUGCUUAGAUGCUACUGCGUCAAGGUUGUUUGUAUCCAAGGCAAAUACGUUCCAACAUUAACGUAAACACCUGGCACACCGGCUUGGGCACAGCCGAUUCCCCAGGCCACCAGUCCCACAACAUACCAGACCCCAUUGUUGGUGCAAACCAAUGGCGAUCCACCGUCUCCUGUACACGCAUCCUUGCCAGCUUCGCCGCCAGCGCAAAUGAAACUAGUGGGACUCAAGACGAACGAUGAGCCCAAGCGAGUGGAUCGCAAAGCUGCCUGGCAAUUGGCAUUUGGUAUCAGGGGCACAUCCACUUGUCGCUCAAUCGCCUGGUAAGCUCCUGUGGGACCAAAAUCAUUCUUACCCCAGCCAGCAACCCAGCAACGUUGACCCACAAAACUGGUGGUGGGCAGGCAAAUUGUGCCCACGGUUGACUUACUGGUCAAGGAUACAGCCUGCGCUAACUUAAGGAUGGCCACAUCGUUUUGAAGAUUGGUAGGAUUAAAUGAAGGAUUCACAUAGACAUUGGAAAUAUAAACAUCUUGGGCGGGUAUCGGCUCACUUGUGCUGGCCGCAUCCCAUUCCCCAAGUCGCACCUUAAAUGAAGUCAGACUGGAUAGAGAAGGACAUUACUAAUGGAGAAAUUGGGUUAAACGGGGCUGCGGCCCCGACUAUUUAGAAAUUUACCCCAAAUUGUAAACCUUAUGGGCGGCGGUAAGAACAUGUUGUGCCGUAAUCAGUGCGCCUCCACCCAAGUAGACAUCUGCUGUGGUCAACAGCGCUGCUUGCCACGGAUAGGCACCAAAACUGGCCUGUCCAGGACUAGCCUGUGAAGCGCCUGGCGGUGGUGGGAACCGACGACCGCAUUGAUAGCUUCCUGCCUGACAACAAGCCACUAGUCCAUAGCUACAGGUCAAUGUGGAGGCUGUUGUUGGCGGUGUGGGCUAAAGAAUGUCCUUAUGUAUAACCCAUAAUUAUUAACCAUUUACACUCACAUAAAGUCCUCCAUUAUUCACAAUUCGAAUGUCUAAUUGUCCACUCCCAUCGGUAGGGACUGUGGGCAAAGGAUUCGCACAGGAUCCGGGAGGCACACACUGGCAAUAACUAGUUCCAGGAUUAACUAUACUGGGUACUGGAGGCCAAGUGCCUGGUGGUGCUGGUAGUAAUGGCGGAACUAAUGUUCCCACAACCAGUUGCCUGUAUUCCCCACAUCGCUGGGUUGUGGUACCCCAGGAGCCUCCUUAUUUGGUUCAUUGCCGACUUGAGGAGCACCAAACUUCCAGCUGAAAGCGCCACCAGCGAGUAACUGCAUCAAGAGUAAAAAUAAGCCAACCCACUCCGACAUUUCUUCUCUACUCAACCCUUUGCCAACGAAAACUAAAUUGUCCACGCAACACUCUACUUGCCUAUAUAGUCCAACCAUGAAUAAUAAAAUUGACCAACAAAUGGCCUCCAUUUAGA